AUGACUGAUGUGAGUGAUUCAGAUAAAGUAGAUGAGAAACUCCAUAGACGUUCGACUGUACGCAUGGGAAUCAGAGUGGUUCAGAGAGCUUUUGCCCCCCCAGCUCCUGAAAUGUACGACCCCGGAUCAACUGGAAGAAAAAGAAGAGAUAAAUCGAAACAGAAUAGGAAAUCCCUUCUCUUCGGAUGCAGAAGUGCUCCAUUAGAAGACCACUUCAAGAAAAACGAACAAGCCAUCUCAAGAUCAGCCGAAACAGUGAUGCAUAGAAAAGUGUUUGCUGAUGUUGAUCGAAUGGAAUCAGCAACUGAACCUAGCUGGUCCCCUGAAGCCUCGAAAAAAGAAAUAAUGUUGAUUGACGAAUCGCUGCUUUCUAAAGGCUCUUUCUCCUUACCUGUCCGUGCAUCACCAAAUUUUCAAGGACAGCUUGGUGGAAACCGUCGUCAAAGCUGUUCUCCGGUAGACGAGAACAGAUGCGGCGUUCAAGUAUCAUUCACGCCACACUCUAACGGCGUGGGGUCUGGCUCGGAGGAUGGUGAGGGGGAUCAAGGGGUUGAUCUCGAGGAACCACAGGGGAAAGUGGGCGACGAUGGUAUUUCUGGAAGGGAGGAUGAAGACUUGGAUAAUGAGACAAGGAUCGGCCAGUAUUACCGCAACCUUUGUGGAAGUCAACGACCAAGCCUAGCGGCCUACCUAGCCGGCGUUCCUGCCCCUAAAGCUUUCGCAGAAAAAUUCUACUUGUUAAGCGACGGACAAGUUCGUUUGACAGCUUUGCUGGACAAAGCAAUCUAUUCACAUGGGGAAGACAUCAACGUAACGGUUCAAAUACAAAAUAAUAGUAACAAGACGGUGAAAAGGAUAAAGUUCCAUAAUCCGGACGAUCGAAACGUUUUCGCCAUUUACGUCUCGUACUACGUCAAAGUGAAACUGGUGGUCAGCAUGAUGGGAGGAGAAGUCAACCUGAAAUUGCCCUUCACCCUAAUGCAUACGUGUUCCGACACAGAUCAAACGGAAACCUUGAUGAAGGUUAUACGGCCUAGCAUGCAAUUGAAAUUGAAAUCGACUGCUCCGAUGCAAUGUCCGGACCCCGUUAAACCGGAAAAAGACGGCACGUGAG